GAGAGAUUCGAUAAUUGAAAGCAUUUGGUGUCCGUACUUUGGAGAGUAAGAAAUAUGAAGGCCAUAUUUCUCUUCAUGAUUUUGGCGGGCUUUUCUUUUCAAUAUCUCAUUUCUGCUCCAAUCAAUGAUGACGUUGAAUCCCUUGAUGAAAGGGAAGGUUUAAAGAGUCCAGAUGGUGAGCUACUCAAACGAAGCAAACAUCAAAGCAUCUCUUCAUUGAUCGACGCUCUACAGAAACCAGGAAGUCUCGACGGGACUGUUCUAAAGAAGAACGAGGAUGAAUUGCCAGAUAAAAGAAAUAGAUGGCGAAGAUGCAAGAGAUGGUGGUGCAGAAAGAAUACCAGGAGAAGAUCAAGAAAAACAAGCCGAGUGAAAGCGUCUGCAGUAAAAACAAAACGUCCUCCUACUUCAAGUACGACAAACCCUGCCACAAGGAAAAAGAAGCCUACCACCCCGACAGCUAUACCAACGCCAGCUGUUGCUCAAACAGUCCCUUCCGUGGAUUUUGCAAAACCAGGAAAAACAUCGUCCACAAGUCAUAGGAUAAACCCUGCCACAAGGAGGAAGGAACCUGACAACCUAACACAGCCCACUGCAGUUGCUGUUCCAGGAGACGCAGUAGAAUCUGCAGCGUCUGCAGUACAAACAGGAAAAACUUCCACAAGUCAAGCGACAAAUUUUGUCACAAGUGCAAAUAAACCUACCACCAAAACAUUACCUACUACAACACCUAGCGUAGAAGAGUCCGGAAUGGCUGGUGAGAGUUUACCAUAUGGGACUUUAUGUCCUGAUAUUGAAGGGCCACCCACGCCAUCCAUGCCACCGAUGCUUUUGAAGAGAGAUGGAAACACCGCUAGUCCCCCAUCUCCUGCGAUUACUAAACCGAUGUGCGGUGGUUUUCAUUCGUACGGUUAAUUCAGUAUCGACAAAGCAAAUUGCUGUUAUAGAGGAUUUAUGAUAGUCAGUUGGUAUCUAAGCAUUGAUGUAUAAUCACAAAUAAAUGCAAAGUUUAUGAUGA